AUGCUCUGGUCUUUGCUUCUGCGGAUCAGCGCUGCUUAUGUCAAGCCGGCUGGCUUUUAUCCGGAGCAGACAAGCACGUCCCGUGGGGCAGAAGUGGUGGUUUUGGGUGCCCAAGCACGGGGCAGAGGGGCACCGUGGCCGUCUCUCACCCCCCUUCCCUCCGCAGCUGCCGCCGCUCACUUCAGCUUCUGCCGCAGCCUCCUGGAGCACACGGUCUCGGCCGAAAACCUCAGCUACCGCCUGCAGAGGAACCCGGGCAGCAGCCUCACCUGGCACGAUGGCCGGAGCCAGCGGGCCGACGGCGGCCGGACCAUCAGGGGCGCGGAGGGCUCGCAGGGCCGUGCCUGCGACCACUAUGGCAUCUACCACACCAGCCCCACGCUGGGCAGCCUGGCCAAGCCGGUGGUGCUCUGGACCCAGCAGGAUGUGUGCAAAUGGCUGAAGAAGCACUGCCCGCAUAACUAUCUCAUCUACGUCGAGGCGUUCUCCCACCACGCCAUCACAGGUCGGGCGCUGCUGCGGCUGAACGGGGAGAAGCUGCAGCGCAUGGGCAUCGCUCACGAGGCGCAGCGGCAGGAGGUCCUGCAGCAGGUCCUGCAGCUCCAGGUGCGCGAGGAGGUCCGAAACCUGCAGCUGCUCAGCCAAGAUUGCACCAACACUGUGAACCGAGCACCUCUGGGAUGGGCUGUGCACCGCCGAUACGAGACCUGA